GACCCUCCCCUACCACCAUCAUCUUCUUCUAUAUAGUCCAAUCCUUUUCUGUUUCACAUAAUCUUAAAAGCUAAAAUCUUCCUCUUUCUCCUUCUUUUAUCCUUUUCACUUUAAUCUGAUCAUUUCAAAAGGAAAAAAUGAGACCAAAGAUUUAUCUGUUUGGAGAUUCCAUCACUGAAAUGUCCUUUGAUGAUGGUGGCUGGGGUGCUUCUCUUGUCAAGCACUUCAACCGCACGGUGGAUGUUGUGCUAAGAGGGUAUAGUGGAUAUAACACAAGAUGGGCCUUAAAGGUAAUAAAGAAAGUUUUCCCGGAGACUGAGGAAUCUCCAUUGGCUGUGACAGUGUUCUUUGGAGCAAAUGAUGCGUGUCUUGUUGAUAGAUGCUCUGCUUUUCAACACGUCCCUAUUGAUGAAUACAAGCAGAAUCUUCACUCCAUUGUCUCCUUUCUCAAGGGGCGUUGGCCGACUACUCAAAUUAUCCUCAUCUCACCUCCUCCAAUUGAUGAACCUGCGCGACUCCUAUAUCCUUUUACCGAGAACAAAUUGGGACGGCCUGAGAGGACAAAUGAAGCUGCUGGAAACUAUGCUAAAGCAUGUCUAGCUGUUGCAGCUGAAUGUGGGGUUGUAGCUGUGGAUCUGUGGACCAGAAUGCAGCAAAUUCCUGGCUGGCAAACAGCUUGUUUAAGCGAUGGUUUGCACUUGAGUCAAACUGGCAACAAAAUUGUGUUUGAGGAGAUCCUCGAGGCUCUUAAGAAGAAAGGAUUGAGUUUGGAAACUCUACCAAUUGAUCUCCCAGACAUUGCUGAAAUAGAUCCAAAUGAUCCUCUCAAGUCUUUUGAAGGAAUAUAGUGUAUUUAAACCCCUCUUCCCUUUUUCUUAGUCAAUAAUAUAUUUUGGAAUAGCCUUUUCCUAUAUUUUGAGAAGAAAAAGACCGCGUAUUGUUUAUUGUGAAAUUAUGGAUGUUCAAGUAAUAUUGGUUAUCUCAUAGUAGGAAGUUAAUUUGGUUGAGGAAUAA